AUGGCGCCGGUGUUGCCCCUGGUGCUACCCCUGCAGCCCCGCAUCCGCCUGGCACAAGGGCUCUGGCUCCUCUCCUGGCUGCUGACGCUGGCUGGUGGCGUCAUCCUCCUCUGUAGCGGGCACCUCCUGGUCCAGCUAAGGCACCUUGGCACCUUCCUGGCUCCCUCCUGUCAGUUCCCUGUCCUGCCCCAGGCUGCCCUGGCAGCGGGCACGGUGGCUCUGGGCACAGGACUAGUGGGUGUAGGAGCCAGCCGGGCAAGUCUGAAUGCAGCUCUAUACCCUCCCUGGCGAGGGGUCCUGGGCCCGCUGCUGGUGGCUGGCACGGCUGGUGGGGGGGGGCUCCUGGUCGUCGCCCUCGGGCUAGCCCUGGCUUUGCCUGGGAGUCUGGAUGAAGCGCUGGAGGAGGGCCUGGUGACUGCCUUGGCUCACUACAAGGACACAGAGGUACCUGGUAACUGUCAGGCCAAAAGGCUGGUGGAUGAGCUGCAACUGAGGUACCACUGCUGCGGGUGCCACGGGUACAAGGAUUGGUUUGGGGUCCAGUGGGUCAGCAGCCGUUACCUGGACCCCGGUGACCAGGAUGUGGCUGACCGGAUCCAGAGCAAUGUAGAAGGCCUAUACCUGACUGAUGGGGUCCCUUUCUCCUGUUGCAACCCCCACUCACCCCGGCCUUGCCUGCAAAACCGUCUUUCAGACUCCUACGCCCACCCCCUGUUCGAUCCCCGACAACCCAACCAAAACCUCUGGGCCCAAGGGUGCCAUGAGGUGCUGCUGGAGCACUUGCAGGACUUGGCAGGCACACUGGGUAGCAUGCUGGCUGUCACCUUCCUACUGCAGGCUCUGGUGCUCCUUGGCCUGCGGUACCUGCAAACAGCACUGGAGGGGCUUGGAGGGGUCAUUGAUGCGGAAGGAGAGACCCAGGGCUAUCUCUUUCCCGGUGGGCUGAAAGAUAUGCUGAAAACAGCAUGGCUACAGGGAGGGGUUGCCUGCAGGCCAGCACCUGAGGAGGCCCCACCAGGAGAAGCACCUCCCAAGGAGGAUCUAUCUGAGGCCUAGAGGCCUGGAGCUUGGGGUGAGGAAGAGGGAGGGAUGGACAAGUCUGAAAACCUCACAACUCCUUACCAAGGCUCCAGGUUGGGGGGAUCGUGGGAUUAGAGGGGCUAAGGAUAGUCAGCGAGCUGGACUGGGGUAAGAAAGAAAACCAGAUGUCCUAGGGCCUAGCCCUUGUAGUCAGAACAACCAGGGAACAGCAAAGAACAGAGUGAUGGGAAAGUGACAUGAAAAGGCCUGGAGGCUGAUUCUGAUAUAGACUCAAUAAAGUUUUUGGAUGGAA